AUGGCCGACAUGUCUGAAAAAGGCGCUCCGGCGACCAGCAGCAGCGAUCCUUCGCGACCAUCAUCACUAACCCACAGCGGUUCGACCGAACGAGUUGAAGCUCACCCAACCAAACACACAUCGAGCGACCCCGACAGUGAGAAGCUGGACCUCCAAAAAGCAGAUUCAGCAGUUGUUGUACCACCCAAAGCAACAAGCCUCGAGGACCAUUUCCAACACUUGCCACCUGACGAAGCAGAGGUGUUGCGACGCCAAGUCGUUAGCCCAGAAGUCAAGCAGGGUAUCGCUGUACUGUACCGAUAUGCUUCACGGAACGACAUCAUCAUCAUUAUAAUCUCGAGCUUCUGCGCUAUUGCUGGCGGUGCUGCGCUCCCUCUCAUGACCGUUGUCUUUGGUAGCCUGCAGGGUGUUUUCCAGGACUUUUUUGUGAACCAGACCCUGACCUCAAGCGAAUUCAAUGACAAAUUGGCGCAAUUCGUUUUGUACUUUGUGUACUUAGGUAUCGGCGAGUUCGUCGUGGUGUACAUCUCAACUUGCGGUUUCAUCUACACCGGAGAGCACAUCUCCGCCAAGAUUCGCGAACAUUAUCUCGAGAGCUGUCUGCGCCAGAAUAUUGGCUUCUUCGAUAAACUUGGCGCCGGUGAGGUUACGACCCGCAUCACCUCCGAUACCAACCUCAUCCAGGAUGGAAUUUCCGAAAAGGCUUCUCUCACUCUCGCUGCCAUCGCAACCUUUGUGUCGGCCUUUGUCAUCGGCUUUAUCAAGUACUGGAAGUUGACUUUGAUUCUGUUCUCCACUGUUGUUGCUCUUCUCCUCAACAUGGGCGGUGGUUCAACCUUCAUUCUCAAGUAUAACAAACAGAGCUUGGAAGCUUAUGCCCAGGGAGGUAGUCUUGCGGAUGAGGUAAUCAGCUCUAUCCGAAACGCCGUAGCCUUUGGCACACAAGAGCGUCUUGCUCGACGAUACGACGGUCAUCUCAAGAAUGCCGAGUACUUUGGCUUCCGUGUCAAGAGUGCCGUCGCCUGUAUGAUUGCGGGAAUGAUGCUGGUGCUGUAUCUCAACUAUGGCCUGGCUUUCUGGCAGGGUAGCAAGAUGAUUGUCAACAAUGAGACCAGUCUCUCUAACAUUCUCACUAUUCUCAUGGCUGUUAUGAUUGGUGCUUUCAAUCUCGGAAACGUUGCCCCCAACGUUCAAGCCUUCACCAACGCUAUUGCCGCUGCCGCCAAAAUCUUCAACACCAUUGACCGUAUCUCGCCACUCGACUCCUCCAGCGAUGCGGGCGAGAACAUUGAGAACAUUGAAGGCGCUAUCCGACUGUCUAACAUCAAGCACAUUUACCCCUCCCGACCUGAGGUUACUGUUAUGCAGGAUGUGAGCCUUGAGAUCCCCGCCGGUAAAGUCACUGCCCUUGUUGGCGCAUCUGGCUCUGGUAAGAGUACCAUUGUUGGAUUGGUCGAACGCUUCUACGACCCUGUUCAGGGUUCUGUUUACUUGGACGGACACGAUAUUUCUAAGCUUAAUCUCCGAUGGUUGCGUCAGCAAAUGGCUCUCGUCAGCCAAGAACCCACCCUUUUCGGAACAACCAUCUACAACAACAUUCGUCAUGGAUUGAUCGGCACUAAGCACCAAGAUGCAAGCGAAGAGAAGCAGCGUGAGUUGGUUAUCGAGGCAGCCAAGAAGGCCAACGCCCACGAUUUCGUGUCUGCUCUUCCUGAAGGUUAUGAGACCAAUGUUGGAGAACGAGGAUUCCUUCUAUCUGGUGGCCAAAAACAACGAAUUGCUAUUGCCCGUGCUGUCGUCUCUGAUCCUAAGAUUCUCCUACUUGAUGAAGCUACCUCUGCUCUGGACACCAAAUCCGAGGGCGUUGUUCAGGCUGCCUUGGAAAAUGCUUCCGAGGGCCGUACUACCAUCACCAUCGCUCACCGUCUGUCAACUAUCAGGGAUGCUCAUAAUAUUGUUGUUAUGUCCGAAGGUCGAAUUGUGGAACAAGGUACUCACAACGAGCUUCUCGAGAGGAAGGGCGCAUACUUCAAAUUAGUGUCAGCUCAGAACAUUGCUGCCACUGAGGAAAUGACUGCCGAAGAACAAGCUGCUAUCGAUGAGGAGGAAUUGUCGCUCAUGCGCAAGAUAACAACCGAGAAGCAGGCCGGAAUUAUUGCCGACCCCAACGAUGAUAUCGCAGCCAAGUUGAACCGCACUCAGACCUCGAAAUCAGUAUCCAGCCUGGCUAAUCAAGGUCGCAAAUCUGAAGUCGAGCAUAAAUAUGGAAUGUGGACCCUCAUCAAGCUUGUUGCUUCGUUCAACAACACGGAGUGGAAACUCAUGGUUAUUGGUCUUUUCUUCUCUGCCAUCUGUGGUGGUGGCAACCCUACCCAAGCUGUCUUUUUCGCAAAGCAGAUUGUGACUCUGUCUGAACCUGUCACCGAUGCAAGCCGUCACCGAAUCAAGAAAGACUCGGACUUUUGGAGCGCAAUGUAUCUAAUGCUCGCAUUUGUCCAGUUUAUUGCAUUCGUCAUUCAGGGUGUCGUGUUUGCUAAAUGUUCCGAGCGACUGGUCCACCGGGUGCGAGACCGAGCUUUCCGCACCAUGCUUCGCCAGGACGUUGCUUUCUUUGACAAAGAUGAGAACACUGCAGGUGCCCUCACUACAUUCUUAUCGACCGAAACUACUCAUGUUGCAGGCCUAAGUGGUGUGACUCUGGGAACGCUGUUGAUGAUUACCACGACACUUGUCUCUGCUAUUGUUCUGGCCCUAGCCGUCGGCUGGAAGCUUUCGCUCGUGUGCAUCUCAUGUGUUCCUAUCCUGCUAGGAUGCGGAUUCUUCCGUUUUUGGAUGCUAGCUCAUUUUCAACGCCGUUCCAAGGCUGCCUAUGACUCCUCCGCCAGUUACGCUUCUGAGGCCAUCUCCGCCAUCCGAACAGUCGCUGCCCUCACACGAGAAGAAGACGUCUUGAACCAAUAUAAGAACUCAUUGGCUAUUCAACAACGCAAGAGUUUAAUCUCUGUCCUCAAGUCGUCCCUGCUUUAUGCCGCCUCGCAAUCGCUGUUGUUCGCCUGUUUCGCCCUCGGCUUCUGGUAUGGCGGCACCCUCAUCGGACGACGCGAAUACACCAUGUUCCAGUUCUUCCUCUGCUUCCAAAGUAUUAUUUUUUCUUCACAGAGCGCCGGUACUGUAUUCAGUUUCGCGCCUGACAUGGGGAAAGCACAUCAUUCCGCGGGCCAAAUGAAGAAUUUGUUUGACCGUCAACCAAGCAUAGAUACCUGGAGAGAGGAUGGAGACCGUCUGCAGACAGUGGAAGGCACGUUGGAGUUUCGAGAGGUUCACUUUCGCUAUCCUACAAGACCUGAACAACCUGUUCUGCGUGGUCUCAAUCUGCGAGUUUUUCCUGGACAAUAUAUCGCCCUUGUUGGAGCAUCUGGCUGUGGCAAGAGUACAACAAUUGCACUCCUGGAGAGAUUCUACGACCCUCUUUCUGGGGGAGUCUUCAUUGACGGUCGCGAGAUCAGCACGCUUAACAUCAACGACUAUCGAUCACAUAUUGCGCUCGUCAGCCAGGAGCCCACACUCUACCAAGGAACUAUCAGGGAGAACAUCCUUCUGGGCACGCCGCGUGAAAAUGUUCCUGACGCAGAUAUUGAGUUUGCUUGUCGUGAAGCCAACAUUUAUGAUUUCAUCGUGUCAUUGCCUGAGGGUUUCAACACCAUGGUUGGUAGCAAGGGUGCGCUGUUGUCUGGUGGUCAAAAGCAGCGUAUUGCUAUUGCACGAGCUUUGAUCCGUGACCCCAAGGUCUUGCUUCUUGAUGAAGCAACAUCAGCGCUGGACUCUGAGUCUGAGCAUGUGGUGCAGGCUGCAUUGGACAAGGCGGCUAAGGGCCGAACAACCAUUGCUGUUGCACAUCGUCUGAGCACCAUUCAAAAAGCUGAUAUCAUCUACGUGUUCGAUCAAGGUCGCAUCACCGAGCAAGGAACACACAGUGAGCUGAUGAAGAAAAAUGGUCGUUACGCAGAGCUGGUCAACUUGCAGAGUCUCGAGAAGCAGAGGUAG